ACGUAUUUCAUCACGAGCUUCUAAUAAACUCCGGUGUUGCCAUCCAUAAGGGUCAUCUAUAUCAGCCCAAACCAAAAACCCAUGAGCUUUGCAGCGAUAGAAGUAUCUGCCAGGGUUGUCGUCGGUCCACGCCUUAGUCAACGAUGUCCGCCUUCUGCAGUGACAAAAAGGGCCUUCCUUCGGUAAAGCCGCACGAUUGGUCGCCGAUGAGCUAUGGCUGGAAGACAUAUCUCUAUUGGAUUUGUUGUGGAAAUUGGAAUUGGUGAAUGUGUGAGUUAAAGGGAAGAGGUGCUAUAUAAAUCAUAAAGAGUAUAAGCAAUGAGAACCGAACAAAUUUUUUAUAGAUAUCACCGCAGUUGCGACACGUGCAACAUAUUGAGAAUAGACCUGUUUAAUAAAAGCACAUUCAGAUUAAGCUUAAACCGGAUUGAACGAUUAUCAAAUGGGGGACUAAUAAUUUAUAUAAAAUGUUGGUCGUUUAUAUGAAGUGGGUCAGGUAUAUUACCUUCAUUAGAUAUGAAGUCCUUAAAUUAAAAUGGAAAGAGAUUUGUAUAAUGAGAAGUUAAAUCAUAACCGGAAAUUAACAUAGUUAGGAAGAGAUAAUGAUGUGAUUUUCAAAUUAAAAAUGGAAUAUAAUUAGUAUAUAGGUUGUCAGGAAAUGAUGAGCACUACGACUAGCUAGCCUGCUCGCAUUAAAUGCUGAAGAUAUUAUCUGGAUUAACCUUCUACAUAUAUGUGUAAGUAUCUCCGGUUAUGUGGAGGAGAAUUCGCUAUAAAUACAUGCUUCCUCUAUAAGAUUUAUCACAACUAAAAAACAAAUACUCCGGCUCCAAAGUGAAAAGGAAGAUCAAGUCGAAAAGAAAGCCAGAAGCUCAAGUCUUACAGGGACCACCCAAAAAGAUGGGUCGUCUUGUUCGUGUUUUACGGGGUGAGUGGUCAAAAUCUGAGGAAGGAUUUUGGAGGUUCGACGGUGAUCCUGGAGAUAUGGAACAGUACGUUCUUGUCAAGCAAAACGAACCAAUAAAUUCCUUGAUCGGCCUAGUACGCGAGGAAUUUAUGCUUACCCCACAUACGCCGUUGUUAUUGACUUAUCAGCUUCCGCCAUGGAUGCUCAUGCCUGACGGCCCUAGAGCCGCUCCAUUGAACAUUGUAUGUUCUGGUGACGUUGAAAUGAUGAUGAGUGUCCAUGAGUGGACAAGUGAAGUCAAUCUGUGUGUCACGUACGGUGCAGAAGCCGUCGCAAGAUAUGGUUUCCUCUGCAGGACUCCUUUCAGGUUCGGACAGAGGUCUUACCUAGGCCACGGAGUAAGCGAGGAGCAGAACCUGGCGGCUAUCAAUGGACUAAUAGGGAGGGAUCCUUUCGUAUGCAGCGAGACAGUUAUGCGAGAGAUAUUCAGGGAGGAUGAGAUGGUCAUCUUAUAUCGAGUAUCUUUUGAGGUUGAAAAGGCCCGUAGAAGCCUCGAUUUGAAUGCACACCCACCAUCGGAGGAAGUGGUAGUUGAUAUGAGUAUGAGUGAUGAUGGGGUUGUCCCGGAGGUGGGAAGACGUGGAAAUGCGCAGCAGCAUAUAGGGCGUAGUAAUGAAAUGGAAGGGUUAGAGACCGCUAGGAUCGGAUCUCCAGUGGGUCCUCUUAACCCAUCUCCUAGUAUAUUUCGUCAGGCAUUCGCAGAUGAUGGUUUCCCUAGAGAGCAUCAGACCUAUAUACCUAAUUGGGGAGAGGUUGGAGUUGGUCCUGGGUACUGGGAAAACAUGCUAGGUGAAGGUUACGUUUUGCCAAGCUCAAGUGGUAUGAAUGUCCGUGCAAAUGUCAAUGUUAACAGCGUCGGCGAAGGUCUGAAUAUUUCGGUGGCAUCUCCACCGGCGAGACCCACAUAUAUUGUUGAUAUUGAAGGAUCUUCAACAGGUUCUUCAUCUGAUGCAGCGGUUAACAAAAAUGCAGGUCUGGCACCAAGGGAGUGUGGUGUGAGGGAUACAAACGAAAUGCCAAACGUGCAUAUAAUCGACGAGGACCCUUUACCUGCAUAUGGUCGGGCUGAGCCAGAGAAUAUGGUUUACGAGGUGCCCGUCAUCAACGUUGUUGAAGAUGACACUUCUCGCAUCGACAUCGAAGAUACAAGCUCUGAAAUCGCCGGAGGGAAUGGUGGGUUUGAACCUUUGCCCUAAAGAAAAUGAACUAGAGUCGUGAACUUUUUGUGUGAAAUAUUUGGUUAUGUUUGUUUGUUGUGGUUAAUCGGCGGGGGCGAAAAUUUUUUGGAAGUAAUAUGUAAUCUGGCUUUAAACCAGCGGAACUUAGAAUGUAUAAUUAUGGAAGCAAUAUAUAUAAUGUGAAAUAUUUGCAUCUAAAUAUUUUGACUCGGUUUUUUAAAUUACAAUUUUAUAAGAACAAAGUCGUUUGUAGAAACAAAUAUGUAGAACUGUUAGG